AUGUCUUUCGACACAGAAGUUCUCAUCAUAGGCGCAGGCAUGAGCGGCCUGGGCCUCGCAGUUCAAAUCGUUCGAAAGUACGGUCUUCGCAACUUUGAGCUCAUCGAGAAAAGCGAAGACGUCGGUGGUACUUGGUUGGCAAACACGUACCCAGGGUGUGGAUGUGAUGUUGCCUCGCACUUCUACUCCUAUAGUUUUGCAUUAAACCCGAAUUGGUCUCGGAAAUACUCUAUGCGCCCGGAGAUCCAGGCCUACUUUCGCUCAGUAGCUGAACAGUACAAAGUCGUCGACCACGUCCGCUUCCAUUCGAUUGUGGAGAAAGCAGCUUGGAAUGAUCUCGAUAACGUCUGGGAGGCAACUAUUUUGAACUUACAAACUAAAGAGCGAACGAUACGGCGAGCGAAGAUACUGGUAUCUGGUGUCGGCUCGCUGUCAGUGCCCAAGGCAUGUGAUCUGCCCGGAGUAGAGACGUAUAAGGGCAAGAUGUUCCACUCUGCUCAAUGGGACCACAGCUUCGACUGGAAGGACAAAGAUGUCGUUGUACUCGGCAAUGGCUGCUCCGCAACUCAAUUUGUUCCUAUCAUGGCUAACGAGCCUAACCCGGUACACAAACUUGUACAAUUCGGUCGACAAGCGCAAUACCUUGCAGAGCGUCAAAACCCAUACUAUUCGAACACUUUCAAAGCUGUGAUGCGCUACAUACCACUGGCAAUGCGCCUCUACCGUGCAAAGUUUUACUACGACAUGGAGCGCGACUGGAGUGGCUUUGAUAUCGAGACCGGGCGCAAUAUCCGCCAAAAUCUAGCGAAAGAGAACGAAGCAUAUGUAAAGAGCAUGGCGCCGCCAAAGUAUUGGGGCGCGCUUAUUCCAAAGACCGAGAUUGGGUGCAAGCGGAAAGUAUUGGACACGGACUACUUGAAGACGCUUUGGAGGGACAACAUUGAGCUCGUUGCCGAUGAUCCAGUGGAGAGAAUUACUGACAGCGGUGUGGUCACAAAGAGUGGUCGUGAAGUAAGGGCAGAUGCAAUUGUACUUGCAACCGGCUUCGCAACGCAACAGAUGUUGUGCCCGAUGGAGAUUGUAGGACGCGACGGACUGAGCCUCAACAAAUACUGGGAAAAGACCUCACAUGGCGUCGCGCAAGCUUACUUUGGGACUGUGGUCCCCGACUUCCCGAACUUUUUCAUCCUCAUGGGGCCAAACACCGUCACCGGUCAUUUGAGCGUCAUCUACACCGUAGAGUGCCAGAUCAACUUUACUCUCCGAUGCCUUGAGUCUAUAUUCAAGUCACUCCCAUCAUAUCGAUCGCGAUCGUAUAUUCCCCAGGUACUUGCACCACCACCAGCGACCGUAGAGGUCAAGUACGAAGCCGCAAUUGCAGACUCGCACUGGACACAACAGGCAGCCAAAAAGCUAGUGUGGGCUUCUGGCUGCGCCAACUGGGCCGUCGAUCCCAAGACAGGCCUAAAUAACAUGAUGUACCCUGAUUGGCAGUUCCUCUAUUGGUUCAGGAGCAUAUUCUGGAAGAAAAGUGAUUUUAUAUAUCGGAAUGAGAUGACGCAGGAGGAGUUCCGACCAGGCACUGGCAAUACACUUUUCUGGCUAGCCACUGCGGGGAUACUUGCGGGAGGCGCAUUCUUAGGGCGAGACUGGAUUCAGGAUGAACUGCCCAGGAGACUAAAGAGUCUUGAUGCGAGGACGUUGGUUCAGAAUUUGACUACCUGA